CUGCCUGCCAGGCGCUGUUCAGGGCUUAAAUGCCCCACGAGCGCAAUUAUUUGGUAUAAAACUGCGUGCGCUUUUACGUGUAGGAGCAAGCAUGACCAGAGAUGACCAGGGCGCGUAGGGUGUCGGCAAAGCUAGGGAACGUGCGGACAGACUUGUGCCACUAUCGUAUAUAAGUCGGUGACGAGAGAGGGAGGGGAGCAAGUGCUGAACAUUCUUCUAAGCAUACAGUUCUAGAUAAUGGACUAAAGGGAGAUACGAUAAUCUAUUUGGCACCAAACAGGAAUUACGGUGGUUCCUCUGCAAACUGCUGUUUGGACUGCCUACAUUGUUUACCUUGCAAAUGAGAGCCUAGUUUUGGAAGGAGAAACUCAAACAAAGUAUUUAACUUGGAGUUAUUUGAUCUUUCCUGAGGAAGUCAGACAGUGAAACAUAAUUCAAGAUGGAGAAUAUGGAAGCUGGGAAGAAGAAGAAGGGAGUGACCUGUUACCUCCUCUACUGCAUCACUACAGCCGUCAUCGGCUCCCUGCAGUUCGGAUACAACACUGGAGUCAUCAAUGCCCCUGAGCAGAAACUGCGACGGUUCUUCCAGAAUGUGUCUAUGGAUCGUUAUGGAGAACCCUUCUCCUCUGGGACUAACACCAUGGUUUGGAGCUUCGCUGUGGCCAUCUUCAGUGUGGGGGGUAUGGUUGGGUCCUUGUCUGUGGGGGUCAUGGUGGACAAGUUUGGGAGGCGGAAGUCCAUGCUCCUGGCCAAUGUGCUGGCCCUUCUGGGUGGAACUCUGAUGGGUCUGUCCAGCCUCUGUAAGUCCUUUGAGAUGGUCAUCAUUGGCAGGCUGGUCAUUGGCGUGUUCUGUGGCCUGUGUACGGGACUGACACCCAUGUACGUGGGAGAGCUGGCCCCCACGCACCUCAGGGGGGCCUUCGGCACCCUCCACCAGCUGGGAGUGGUCAUUGGCAUCCUGGUGGCACAGGUCUUUGGUCUGGAGUUUCUGCUGGGGUCAGACUCCCUGUGGCCCCUCCUGCUGUCCCUGACGGCCAUCCCUGCUGUGGUGCAGAGCAUCAUGUUGCCCUUCUGCCCAGAGAGCCCCCGCUACCUCCUCAUCAGCCUCAACCAGGAGGAGGAGGCUCGCAAAGCCCUGGUGCGUCUGCGUGGCUGUGAGGACGUAAGUGAUGACAUCCAGGAGAUGAAGGAAGAAGGGAUGAAGAUGGCCAUGGAGAAGAAGGUCACAAUUCCAGAACUCUUCCGCUCGCCAGCCUACCGUCAGCCAAUCAUCAUCGCCAUCAUCCUGCAGCUCUCCCAGCAGCUCUCUGGCAUCAACGCAGUGUUCUACUAUUCGACAGGUAUAUUUGACACUGCCGGGGUGACCCAGCCCAUCUAUGCCACUAUAGGAGCUGGGGUGGUCAACACUCUAUUCACAGUGGUGUCUCUCUUUCUGGUGGAGAGGGCGGGACGAAGGACCCUGCACCUUAUCGGAUUGGCUGGAAUGGCUGUCAGUGCUCUGCUCAUGACCAUCUCCCUCUCAUUAGUGAAGACCAACACAUCUCUGAGCUACCUGGCCAUCGUGGCGGUGUUUGCCUUCGUGGCCAGUUUUGAGAUGGGCCCAGGUCCUAUCCCAUGGUUCAUAGUUGCUGAGUUGUUCUCCCAGGGGCCUCGGCCUGCAGCUAUGGCCGUCGCCGGCUGCUCCAACUGGACCGCCAACUUCCUGGUCGGGCUGGGCUUCCCCAAACUGGAGGAGCUGUGUGGUCCUUACGUCUUCAUCAUCUUCAUGAUCUUCCUCAUAUUCUUCAUUGUCUUCACCUACUUCAAAGUCCCGGAGACCAAGGGGCGGACCUUUGACGACAUUGCCAAAGGAUUCGCCAGCACUGCAGGAGCCCAAUCUCCUCCCCCAGAGGGUAUGGUCACCCUGCCCGUUUCCCCGACGACGGAGAAAGUUCCAAUGGUUGAGUUUCCGACGGAAGAGAAGUAAAAGAAGGGAUUGUCAGCGAAUCCGUAGAUAGUGGAACAGUUAGACAACAGGGUUACAGGGUUAGGCAAGCCCCUUGUGCAUAGAUACUGUAAUGUAGGGAGUUUAAGUUCAAAACAAAACUUUUUGUCCAUUUGAGGUUGAAUUGGACUUUUAAAGUGCAGGUCUAGAGAUAUGCACUGUUAUGGAGAGGAGCUUCCAUAUGAAAUAGCAGCUUAGUGUCGAGGUGUGUGUAUAGUGUGUGUUGGGAAUAGGGUUGGGGAUGAUCAUGCAGGCAUCAUGAGAGUGCGUGUCAAAGAGGAGUUAUGUUUACUGUGUGUGUCAGUGUGUGCAUGUGUGUGUGUGCCUUCAGUCAUUUUCUUUUAAACUGCCUAAAGUAUUUAUUACUGUAAGUUAUUAAUGAUCAUUUGUAAUGAUCUUUUACCAAUGCCCAAGUAAUUUAUGACACUUAUUUUUAGGUGACUUACCUCAUAGACGCCAAUCAUUAUUUAAUCAAUGACAAUUUUUACUACUGUACUUUUUAAUGAUUGACAUUACAAUAAAAACCUUUAUAGUAUUAGCAUGUAAGAGGAUAAACAUUCCAACAAAUAUGUUCAGUAACAAACUUCCCGUAUUGUCCUUCACUUGGGUGAAAGGGGAAUAGGAUUUGGGUUGAUGUGUACUGAGGUCAGUGUGUUUGGGAGGACAGUACGGGAACCUAAAAAUCCUCUCUGCCUGGUGUCUCCUAACCUAGCCUAUCUGUCUCUCUGCCUGGUGUAUCCUAACCUAGCCUAUCUGUCUCUCUGCCUGGUGUAUCCUAACCUAGCCUAUCUGUCUCUCUGCCUGGUGUAUCCUAACCUAGCCUAUCUGUCUCUCUGCCUGGUGUAUCCUAACCUAGCCUAUCUGUCUCUCUGCCUGGUGUAUCCUAACCUAGCCUAUCUGUCUCUCUGCCUGGUGUAUCCUAACCUAGCCUAUCUGUCUCUCUGCCUGGUGUAUCCUAACCUAGCCUAUCUGUCUCUCUGCCUGGUGUAUCCUAACCUAGCCUAUCUGUCUCUCUGCCUGGUGUAUCCUAACCUAGCCUAUCUGUCUCUCUGCCUGGUGUAUCCUAACCUAGCCUAUCUGUCUCUCUGCCUGGUGUAUCCUAACCUAGCCUAUCUGUCUCUCUGCCUGGUGUAUCCUAACCUAGCCUUUACGUCUCUGGAGCCUGACCUUGAACUGUCACAGAGACUCAACAGCACGGACGUGUCUCUCCCUGAAUACUGAGUCAGCUAGAACACUGGCCCACUAAUGGCUCACCCAUAUCUGUGGCUUCUGUCUGCCUCAUCAGACUACUUACAGUAUACGCUUCCAAUGCCUGGCUGGACUAUCAUAGCUAUGCUAAUGAGGAGUUCAGUAGUAACAUUUCUUCAAAUAUCCAAAUAGUACAUCAAACAUAGAUUCUGGGUUCGGCCAGUAUGAUAGUAGAAUUAUUUGACAGCAUGAUAACAGUCUCUUCAAGACAGUUAGAUUGAGAGAAUGUGUGGAGGAACUUUGAAGAAUCUCAGAUGUACUCCAAUUCAUGGGGCGGCAGGUAGCCUAGUGGUUAGAGUAUUGGGCCAGUAAUCAAAAGGUUGCUGGAUCGAAUCCCUGAGCUGAGGUAAAAAUCUGUCGUUCUGCUCCUGAACAAGGCAGUUAACCCACUGUUCCCCGGUAGGCUGUCAUUGUAAGUAAGAAUUUGUUCUUAACUAACUUGCCUAGUUAAAUAAAUGUUAAAUAAAAAAAUCAUGUAUCAGCUAGGGUUAGAGGCAGUAUAUGGAGCAAAGCCAUUCAACCACUACUAGUACUUGGAAAGUCUACAUUGACCUCAGUGUGAUGUAUAGUGGCUACACAGUUUUUGGAGUGAGAUCUCACAAUCUACUAAAGACAACCGCGUGUAACAUGAGCUGUGAUUGCUUUGUGUGUGAAGAAUUCUAUAUAUUCUAUAUAUCAUAGAAUAUAAUUUAUCAUAGACUAGAGCUAACCUUUAUAUUUUUAAUCAGACCGUUUCUAAGAGUGAAUUUCUAGUCAUUUUAACAACCUACCAAGUGUGAAGUAUAUGAUCACAGUAGAAGACGAUAUAUGACUUGUUAGGAACAUCCUGAAAAUAGUUGUUCCAACAAGGUGUCUACCGUUAAAUGAGAGUACACACCAACCCUAAAGUAAUAGUAUUUAUUGUGACAACAACAUGCUAAAAGUGUCUAAAAAUCGUGAAACUUCAGUGGUGUAAUACUGUAUUGUGAUUGUGGAGUCUUGUGUAGGUUUUGACCAGGUUAGUUGUUGCUAUACAUGGUUGAAAGUUAUUUCUACUAUAUUGUAGCUAAUAUUCCAUAAUGGUGGCAAAUAUCUUCUCUGUGUCUCAUACAUUAUCUGAUAAUGCAUUUUUGUUGUAUUAUUACUCAUGUGAUGUUGUUACUCAUUGAUAACUGAGCACUUUUCUACCUUUUGGCCUAAAACAACAUUUGACCUAUCAUCACUUUGGCAAUCUGGCUUUUCUUAGAUGGUUGUGAAUGUGGUGUGUACAUAUAAAGUAUGUCAAUAUGUGUCUGUUACAAAAUACAUUCCUGUUAUGAUAGCUUUCCUCAUAGCUUUCAUAACUCAUUUCAUAAUGUUUCUGGCACUGCUGCUUGCACUCUGCACAUACUACUGAAUGUAGCUAUCGUGAUGUACUCUACCAUUCGCUGCCAUAUAUAUUGUGCUAACAUGAUGUUAAUGUGUAUAUUAUGAAUGCAACGGUUCAAUGGGCGCUCUUGUGUAUUAAUUCAUUGUCUUAGUAUGUAAAUGUUCCACUGUACAGGAGAUUUUUUUUCUUCUUAAAAAAUUACCUUUCUUGGCCCAAUCAUUUUUAAUUUUAACAACCUAGAAAGUUAAAGACAAGUUAAAGAGAGAGAGAGAGAGACCAGAGAGAGAGACCAGAGAGAGAGACCAGAGAGAGAGAGACCAGAGAGAGAGAGAGCAGAGAGAGAGACCAGAGCGAGACCAGAGAGAGAGACCAGAGAGAGAGAGACCAGAGAGAGAGAGAGACCAGAGAGAGAGAGAGAGACAAGAGAGAAACCAGAGAGAGAGAGAGACCAGAGAGAGAGAGUGACCAGAGAGAGAGAGACAAGAGAGAGACCAGAGAGAGAGAGAGAGACCAGAGAGAGAGAGAGACCAGAAAGAGACCAGAGAGAGAGAGAGAGAGAGAGAGAGAGAGACCAGAGAGAGACCAGAGAGAGAGAGCGACCAGACAGAAGAGAGAGAGAGAGCGACCAGAGAGAGAGACCAGGGAGAGACCAGAGAGAGGGAGAGACCAGAGAACGAGAACAGAUCUAGAUGAAUGAGUCAAUGAGUACUGUAUAAAUUCGUUUUUUUUCUCCUUAUUGUGUUGUAAUAAAGAGUCACUCAAGCUUUGAGCAACUAAAAUAAAAUAAUAUUUGUAUUUUAAAUGGAAUCUGUGACUAUAUUUUUGUUCCAUUGAUAAAUCAGAAGAGUCUUAUAUACUCAGUUGUUUUUUUUUCUUCCUCAAAUACAUAAAGUCACUUUCCUUGUAUCUGUGUGUGUAUAUCAACCUCACUGUAUGUAUUCUGUGAGUGUUUAUUCUAUGGUUAUUUCUGUGUUCUAUGUAACGCUAUUUCUUGGUUACAAAUGCUUCUUGGUAGAAACUACAUUUCCCAUGAUACAACACAAAACCUACUCUGCCUUGUAGAAUUCACUAAACACUGUAACAACGUAAUGAUGUUUGACCUGGAAAUAAAGCCACUAGUGACCAUA